CGAAAUUCUGGAAUAUCAAUUAUCCGGAUAAACCCUUUUAAACUUAAUUCCCUGUCAUACUGCAUCCGAUCAAACACUGGAUGCCCGUUGGCGGCAUUUCAAAGUUGCAAGCAAUCAUGGCAGACCCAAACAAAUGGCUUGGCUUGCUGCGAUGGAGCAUGCAACAGCAAGAUGGCACACAUCCGACGGAGUUCAAGGCCAUGGAUCCCAAGGACAAAUUGUGGCUGGAGAAGGUCAUGAAGGAGUGCGUGAUCGAUGAGGUCGAACGCAUGUACCAGAUCAUCCGAGUGUGGGCAGGCGAAGACCCGCGCGAUGUGCUGCCGAAACUCAUCGCCGACCCACCGGCCAACCCGUACACACCCGAAGAGAUUGAAGACUAUAAAGAAGCAUUGCUUGACGAAAUGCUCACGCGCAUCGACCAAAUCGACAACGCGCAGACGUUCAUCAAGAUUGGCGGGUUGGCAAGUGUGCUGCACUUGUUUGACAGUCCGCGCGCCAGCAUUCGAUCGGGGGCCGCCGAAGUGUUUGCCACGUGUGCGCAGAACAACCCCCCCGUGCAGAAAGCAGGUCUCGACGGCCACAUGCUGGAAGCAUUGAGCAAAUUGGCACAGGAAGACGUCGACACGACCGUCCGCGUCAAGGCAAUCUUGGGCAUCAGCUGCAUGAUUCGAGGCUUGGACAAGACGGCCGAGCAGUGGUUUGUUCAAAAGUGCGACGGGCUGCGGAUACUCCAAGCAUGUAUCCAAACAGGCGACCUCCGGCUGCAGCGCAAGGCGUUGUUCCUGCUGCGGUACCUAGCGAACGCCAGUGCCACGAACGCCCAGCAACUGCUCGACCAAGGCGUGUACAUCACCGCAUGCAGCUCGUUCAUCGGCAAGGACGACGUCGAUCUCAACGAAAGCUCCCUCCAAGCGCUCGCCGAGUUCGCCGCCCUCGGCCCCGCGUUCAAGGCCGCGUGCAAGCAAGCCAACCUCGUGCAGUUGGUGCAAGCGCGUGUCGCCGCCAUCGACGCGCUGACGAGCGACGAAGACCGCGAGUUUGCCCAAGAAGAAAAGAGCUUUGCGGCGCUGUUGCUGGAAACGCUGGACGUGUUGGAGUAAAACAAAUAGUUUGGCCUCUUUAAUAUCUUGAAAUAAUAGUCCCCAGGAGGCAUCUAAUAACAGCGCAAUAGUUCCGUUUCAAAAUGAUAGCUAGCCCCUUUCA